GCCACUAGCUGUCCUCUACCUCACAAACACCUCCGCGCGUGAGUGGUAGAGUUACUUCCCCUGGCUACCCCUCCACAACACCAGUAUCGUCCGCCCUCCCGCAUCUACCAUCUGUUGCGGCCAUGAAGGGGACUCCCAGCAACUUGGACACCCUGCUGUGGGUCUACCACUUCCACAGCUCCACCGAGGUGGCCCUACAGCCUCCGCUUCUGUCUUCCCUGGAACUUGCUGUGGCCGCAGCUCACGAAUAUCUGGUCCAAAGGUUCAGAGAACUUAAGUCCCAGGAGCUCCUGGAAUCCAAUAAGCCGCCUGCCCAGAAGACCACCUUGGGGCUGGUGCUAAGAGAAGCUGCCACCAGCAUCAUGAACUUUGGAGCCACCUUGUUAGAGAUCUCAGUCCUGUGGCUACAACAGGAAGUGCUGAACAGCAGCGACGGCUGCCUGAGCGCAGCCCCGAACACUGGGGAUCCGGGUAGGGCACUGGCCCGCGUAGCCCUGGCUGCAGGGCAGGGGAUUCGGCAAGCUGGAGCAGCAGCUGGCGCAAGUGUCCGGUACCUGAUUCAGGGGGCGUGGCUGUGCCUGUGCGGACGCGGUUUGCACGGGUCCACCUCAUCCCUGCAACAAACCCUACGCCAGCUGGGCCUUGGGGUCCCCGGGGAUCCGAGAUACCCGGGAGACCUCAAGGUGGCAUCCAACAGCAGUGAGGAGAACGGGGGACCAGAUAAUCCAUCACUGUCCCAGCCCCACCCUGUGUCCAAAUAAAAACCCAGAACGGGA